UCCAGGGGAAAAGCCGGCGCUUCUUUCAGAAGUGAAACUGUACAGAUUCAGAGCCGAGUCCUCUCUGGUUCGCCCCAGCCGACGUUUCGUCCUCAUCUCUGGUUCGCCCCAGCCGAACUUUCAGGAGACACUCGAGGACCAUAGAACGGGAAGCCCAGAAAGACCUCAGUAGCCCCCAGAUGAACUCGCCUCCUCCGCUCUGAUUGGUCCACCCGAGAGCAAUGGCGCUGCUCAUCCACUUCCUGGCCUGCCUCUUUGGGACAGGGUCUUGGAUGGCCAUCAACGGGGUCUGGGUAGAGCUCCCCCUGCUGGUGAAUGAGCUCCCCGAGGGCUGGUACCUCCCCUCCUACCUGAUCAUCCUUAUCCAGCUAGCCAACGUCGGGCCGCUCUUCGUCACCCUGAUGCACAAAUGGAAGCCCCGCCUGCUGAGCGAGGUGUCCGUCAUCUGCGCCCUGGUCUCCAUGGGGACCGUGGCCUGCCUCCUGUUGGCCUUCCUGUGGGACCGCACCACGUCUGUGGCCGGGAGCCAGCACAGCACGGCGUUCUUUGUCCUCACCUUCGUCCUGUCCCUGGUGGACUGCACCUCUUCCGUCACCUUUCUGCCCUUCAUGAUGCGCCUCCACCCUCGGUACGUCCCCACCUUUUUCGUCGGCGAGGGCCUCAGCGGCCUGAUCCCUGCCCUCUUUGCUUUGGCCCAGGGCUCAGGGAUUUCGAGGUGCGUCAACGUAACGAUACCGCAGAACGACACGGCGGCCAACGCGACCCUCGGCAACAUGACUGUGGCAGGCGUCGACUCCCAUAUGAAGACCCAACAUUCCCCCGCCAACUUCUCCAGCCUCGUCUUCUUCCUCAUCCUCUCGGCCAUGAUGUUCUCCUGCCUCGUGGCUUUCUUCUUCCUCCACCGGCUCCCCAAGGCGUGGGAUCUCUCCAUGCAGAGCCUCUGCGCCAGCAACGUCACCCUCACCGCGGUCCAGAAAAUCCCCGCAGACGGACGAGGACCCGCGGAGUCAGGGGGCAUCGCAAACUGUCCUGCAGAUGGACCAAUGGCAACUUCCGCCAAGGGUGUGGAUGGUGCAGAUCCGGAGAAGGUCACUUAUUCUUGGGCCAAGUUCGCCUUCAUCUAUUUCCUCGUCGCCGGGGUGAACGCGCUGACCAACGGCGUGCUGCCCUCGGUGCAAAGCUACUCCUGUUUGCCGUACAGUAACGUGGCUUACCACCUAGCGGCGACGCUUAGCUCCGUGGCCAAUCCGCUUGCGUGCACCAUGGCGACCUUUCUGCCUAGCAGGUCUCUCCCCGCCCUGGGGACCCUGGCACUGACCGGGACCGUGUUUGGAGCCUAUAUCAUGGCGAUGGCAGCCAUGAGCCCGUGUCCGUUGCUGCAGCGCUCGGAGUGGGGGGAUGCCAUCAUCUCCACGGAGAUUCGCCUGUGUAACCAGGCCACCGUCACCUGCUCUGGGGGAACGAAGAAGGACAAGGGGAAGUGCCGGAGGCUCCUUCAGGGCUCCGAGUCCUUUGCCCGGCCCCGACAGGCUGCCCACAUGCUAAACUGGGUCACCCCGUCACUCCUGUGCCAGCCCCGCUCCUGA